AUGAUCGUAUUGAUGAUUUCAUUGAUGCAAUAUGCAUUAGCAUAUGAACUUGAUGUAAAUACAUUCUCAAAUUAUCUGGAUGUCUAAAAUAGGCAUUUGCAUUUAGAAUGGUUAUUAAAUAUGGACAAAAAAUAUAUCAAUUCUACAUCAUCAUACAGAUUUUAAGUUGUGGGUCGUUCAAUUAAUAAAAUAACAUUGGAUAUCUAUAAGUUAAAUAUUUAUUCAACCUAUCUUUAAAAUGGACUGUCACUUUCACACACAAUAGACAACCCAUAUGAGGACUCUGAUCAAGGAUCGCGACUGAAUAUUCAAUUAGAUAAGACAUAUUACAAAGGAUAAUAUAUAGAAUUAUCUAUAAAAUACUCUAUCGAUUCAAAAUCUAGAUCGAUUAGUUUUAUGACAAAAGAGUAAACCUCAACAAAAACAAUGCCCUACAUAUUUUCAUAAUGUGAAGAUGCAAAUUGCAGAGCUUUGGCUCCUUUGUAAGACACUCCUACAGUCAAAUAGACUUACACUGCAACUGUGAUAUUUAAAGAUACAGAAGCAGCAGAUGUAUUUAUGUCAGCGGAUGAAAGCAAAGAAGAAUUCCAAGUGCUUUAUAGACCCAAAGAUUAAGCUGGUUUCACAUGGAAAUAUAAAUAUUUUAUUCAAAAAGUUCCAAUACCUAGUUAUCUGAUUGCAAUAGUUGCAGGUAAUAUCAAGAAAGUGCCUACAAGUACUGGAGGUAGAACAUUUUUAGUUAGUGAGCCUGAUAAAACAGAGGCAUACACUGCUGAACUUAAAGAUAUGGAAUAAUUCAUGUAGGCCAUAGAACAAUAUAUUGGUCCAUACACUUGGGGAACCUACACUUUAGUAAUAUAGCCUGCUUCCUUUCCUAUUGGAGGAAUGGAAAAUCCUCUUUUAACCUUUGCUAACCCUACAAUUAUGACAGGUACUGGGAGCGGAUUAGAUGUAACUAUUCAUGAAAUGGCUCAUUCAUGGUUUGGUAACACCAUAACAUGUGUUAAUUGGGCUAAUAUGUGGAUAAAUGAGGGAUUUACAGUGUUCCUUGAAAGGAAAGCAUCCUUAUUCCAUUAUCAGAUUCCUGAUGAAAUCAAAUUAAAUGCCAUAAUUGGAAAUACAUCCAUGUACUAGGACAUGCUUGGCUUUGGGCUUGAUAGUAACUUCUCAUCACUUCAUCCUGAUACUACCGGACUUAAUCCAGACGAUUCAUUCAGCAAAAUCCCUUAUGAAAAAGGAUACUAGUUUCUAGCUUAUUUGGAAUCCAUAGUUGGAGAAGCUGAUUUUAAAUAGAUGCUUAGAGCAUAUUUGGUUUAAUACAAAUAUUAAUCGAUUGAUCAACAGGAAUUCCAAAACUUUUUACUGAGAUACUUAUAUGAGAAAUAAGUAGAUGAUUUUUCAACUAAGAGAUACAAAAUCUUAGAAAAUUGGAACAAAUGGGUUUAUUCUCCAGGAUUGCCUCCUGUGAUUCUAGAUUUUUCAACUCCAAAAUUAGCUGAGGCUUAUGAUUACACUACUGCUUACAUCACUGCUGAUGGCUAAUAGCCUACUAAAUGGUAAAAUUAUUUUACUUUCUUGCAUUCCUAAAAAUAAGUUUUCUUAGAAGAUCUCUUUAAAUAAGCUUAGAAUAAUUUAUUGAAAAUAAAUGUUAUCAAUUAAAUGGAUAAGGAUUUAAAAUUAACAGAAGAGAAAGACUUUGAGUUGAAAUUUAGAUGGUUCAGAGCAAUUUUGACAGCAGGUGACAAAACUAGAUUUACUUAAAUUUCAGACUUUUUAGGAUCUGUUGGAAGAGGCAAGAUGGUCUAUCCAGUCUAUAGAGCUUUAAAUUAAUUGGAUCAUGAUUUUGCUGUAAAAACAUUCAAAAAUCAUGAAGCAUUCUAUCAUCCGAUUGCAAAAAAUAAUAUAAAGAAUAUCCUUGGAUUGAAAGAGAACAUUAUUUAAUGA